CGGCGGGCCAGACCGCAUGCAGCUCUGCUUCCAGUGUCCACCAUCUUUGCCGAAGUUGCCACAAAAGUAAAAUCGUGACGAAUAAAACUACCCGAUCUCGCGAAAAAUAAGUGUUGACUAUUGUGGAAAAAACGCAGAGCGAAAGGCCGCCAAAAAAGCAGGAGAGGAUUGCACUCCAGCUGGUCAGGGCAGAAGAUUGCGAUUGCGAUUCCGAAUCGGAUUCCAGCGUAGCGACAGAGGCAGAGAGAGCGUGUAGAAGGGGUAGUGGAGCGGAGAGUGGGAACGGGAACGGGAGUGGGAAAGAGGAGCUGUCAGUCGGACGAAAAAAAAAAUCAAGCCUGUCAAAUCAGCCGGAAACCAGGACCAGGAAACAAGGACCUACUUACCCAAUCCGCCUUACAGCCCCACAAUCGCCAGCAAAAUGAACGCCAAGCGUGUCAAGUACUCCACGGUCAAGGAGGAAUUCGUGCCCGUGCUAAUCCAACACGAUCCCAAUGUCGAGGAGGAGGAGCCCGAGGAACAGGAGCACGAGCACGAGGACGACGGCCAGGAGACGCAGUACACGUAUGCCUACACCACCACCGAGGACGAUGACACCGAGACGGCGGUGGUGACGCUCAGCGAUCGGGAGCAUGAGGCUCUGGCCAAUGCCCAGGAGGUGAUCAUCGACGAGAAUGGCCAUGCGGUGACCCUGCAGCAGCUGGUGGAGAACAGCACCGUCGAGGAGGUGGAGACCAUCGAUCAGGGCGACGGCACUCACACCAUCCUCCACAUAGUGCCCAAUAUCCAUGGCCAGCACGAGGAGGACGAGGAGGAGCCCGAGGAGGAGGAGGAACUGGAGGAGGGCGAGGAACUGGAGCACGACCACGAGGAUGAUGAGAUCGUGACCGUGGAGCAGGAGGAGGGCGAGGUGGACGAGGACGACGACGACGUGGGCUCCAUUGUCUUCGAGAGCACCAUCGACCAGGCCGAACAGGAUCCGCAUGCCCGCAACAAGACGUUCUAUUGCCCCAAUUGCGGCAACUGCUACAGUGCCGCCGGCUCCCUGAAGCUCCACAUGCGCGCCUGCCUGCGCCAAAGGAACGAGGUCUCCGCCGAGGAUCGCAAGUGCAAGGUGUGCAGCAAAGUCUUCAACUCGGUGGCCUACCUCAAGGAGCACAUCAUGCGGCACACGGGCGAGCAGCCGUUCCGCUGCACUCGCUGCUAUCGCAAGUUCGUGGACGAGGGCAAGUACGCCGCCCACAUGGAGUCGCACAAGCAUCAGGACAAGCUGGAGGCCGAGGCGGUUGCCUUGGCCGCCCAACACGGCGGCAAGAAGGUGGUGGUCAAGGAGUUCCAGUGCGCGUUCUGCACCCAAAACUUCACGGUGGUCUUCGAUGUGGGCCAGGUGAAGCGCCGCUACGCCUGCGAUGCCUGCCGCGACAAGUACUCUAAUGCGGAGGCACUGCGUCAGCACAAGCAGCAGGUGGAGGAGAAGCGCGAGUUCAGCUGCGAGCGCUGCGGCAGGAAGUUCGUCUUCGAGGGCUUCCUGCAGCGGCAUUUGCCCACCUGCGAUGGCAGCAUCAAGCGGCGUCGCGACAUGAAGUAGAGGCGGCCGCAACGUGACGGCAACUGGCGGCGACGGCAGCAGCUUCCGACAGCGGAUUAGGAUAAGCAGGAGGAGCGGGAGUCGCCGCCGCCAGUGCGUUAUGUUGUUAUCAACCAGAAGCAGGAGCAAGAACAGAUGUACGAUCAGAAGCAGGAGGAGCAUCGGAUGAUGAUCGCUCAAAAUCAAGAUUAGCCAGCCAGGACCACUUAAAUCAUGACAGGAAGGAGCAGCUGCUGGCCAUCUAUUCACACACAAAACAACACACAACACCACACACACACAAACGCUUUUAUUGGGGCCUCAACGUCAUCUUCCUUCAACCAAUUCCAAAGGAGAGCGUUUUUUUUUUUGUUUGUUUACCUAUAUUGGCUUUAAAAUAUGAGAGAUAAAUUGGAGGAACGAUGUUGGACACACACGGAUGGCGAGCCUGGCCAAUGUAUAGAUAUAUAUUACUUACUUUUAAUUACGACUUAAUGAUAGAGCCCCAAAACACCCGCUAUUGCGUAAUAACCACAAACCGAAAUACUGGCACAAAAACGCGCGUCAAAUCGUUUAUGAAUUCAAUAAAACACUAAAUCAAUAAAUUUCGCAAGCGAUUAUUUUGAUCAUUUUCAAAAGAUUUGUAAAUUGGUAUUUUAUAUUCAAGAAGAUAUAUAAAGCGAUUUAGUCUAUGAAAACAUUUGCUUACUUUUUUCGCUCUGAUAUUUACAAAAUAAAUUUUUUUGUAAACAUUCUUAAUAAUGUAAAAACGUUAGUGCUUAAACUUUUUUAAUCGUCUAGUUCAUAAAUGUUGUUGUAAACUUUAGUUGUGAAUGUCUACUUGUCAUUAAAUUUUAAAAUAAUCUCGAACUGCAAAUCGAUACCUUUCCAAAUACUUUCAAUUACAACUUUGUAAAAACCAGGACAAUAUCCGUUUCGGAAGUCUACAUUUUGUGUUACCAUUUUUUCCAAAAUACAAGGAAAUAGCCAAACUAAAUAUUA